AUGUCUAGUCGGAAUCGCCAACCCACGGCUCCUGCGUUCGGGCAGCCGGCCCCCACCUCAGCCCCUACAGCAUUCGCUUUCGGGUCCACAACCGCAGCCUCGACGGCUCCUAACGCUAAUCCCUUCGGGGCCUCACAAGCACCGGCUCAGUCAACCCCGGGCAAGUUCACGUUCGGUCAGAGCGCAACUUCCCCUUUCGGCCAGACAUCCUCAGCACCGGCUUUCGGAUCCACUCAACAAGCGACAACGAGCACUUUCGGAGUCCAACAACAAGCGACCGGUCAGGGAUUGUUCGGGUCAACGUCAACUUUCGGAUCACCACAGGCGACGUCCUCUUUCGGGGCCUUCGGUCAAGCGUCGACCCCUGCGAGUGCCCCGAGUUUCUCCUUCGGGAACGCGGCUCCCUCGACCUCGACAAAUGUAUUCGGCUCGACAAAUGCGACGUCCACGUUCGGCAACCCACAGACAGGAGCUUCAACCGGCAGCUUCGCCUUUGGCCAGCAGCAGCAACCUUCUACCACGGCCCAAUCACCGGCUUUCUCGUUCAGUCAACCUGCGGGACAACAGCAAACACCUGCCGUGGGCACCGGUACGUCGUUUUCCACCUUCGGAUCUCCUGCCGCACCGGCGUUCGGACAAACCACAUCCAACACUCAAUCGACCGCAGGCUCGGCUUUCGGAAGUCCCGCUCCCUCGGCUUUCGGUCAGCCGGCGGCAACGGCAGGUUUGACUUUCGGUCAACCCGCUGCGACGACUGGUUUGACCUUCGGACAACCCGCUGCGAGUACGGCAUCUGCAUUCGGCCAGCCUUCCGCAUCCACUUCCGCUUUCGGUAAUCCAGCUGCAGGACUGCAGCCGGCCUUUGGUCAGGCCACCGCGGGAACGUCUAGCGGUUUCGGUCAACCUGCGACAUCAGCUUUUUCCUUCACCGGGAAUCAGCAGGCCUCGAGUGGGAUCUCGUUCGGUUCAACGGCACCCGCGGCGACCGCGUCCACGGCCGCACCGGGAUUCGGUUUCAUGCAAGCGGCGGCUCAGCCGAGCACCACCACGACUGCCACUCUGGGCUUCGGUCAAACUACCACCGCGCCGGCAGCCCCGACGACCUUCGCGUUCGGUCAGCCGGCGUCGUCGGCGAGCGCAGGCUUCGGGACAACGACGCCGAGCUUCGCCUUCGGAUCUUCAACGGCGACGACAUCUGCUCCGACUUCUGCACCUUUCAGUUUCUCCUCGGCGACGAAUCAAUCCGCAGGUGCUACUCCUGCUCCGGGGAGCUUCUCCUUUAACACGCCAGCUGCAGCCCCUUCCACAGCCGCAGGUGUCACAGCCGCUGCCGCCCCCUCGAUGUUCACCCUCGCUCCCACUACAACAGCGGCGACCGCAAGUGCAACAUUUGGAGGCAGUGCUGGAUUUUCAUUCGGGGGAGCUGGCGCCGGGGCCCCGGCUGCUCCAACGACGGCUGCUGCACUGCCAACGGGACAAAAUGCUCCAGCUGCGACGGCCGCUCCAUCAACGGUCGGCAGUUUCUCUUUCGGCGCUCCCGCGACCACAGCGACCGCGGCGACCACUGCCGCGGCGCCUGCUGCCGCCUUCUCUUUCGGGGCAACACCUGCUGUGGCAACAAGCUCGACACCUGCCCCGCAGACGGCGACGACUUCCGCCCCCGUGGGCACGUUCAGCCUGGCGGCCACCACGACAGCUCCCACGGCAACGACAACUGCAGCGCCAGCUGCGCUUUCCUUCGCCUUUGGUGCCCCGGCGGCUACCACGACCGCCACGACGGCCGCCGCAACAACUGCUCCCGCGACUUCAGCUCCUCUGCCGAGCACUACCGCUGCUGGAGGGGCGGCCACCUCGACGGCUGCACCAUUGUCCUUCUCGUUCGGCGCCGCUGCGAAAACUACGCCAGCUACCCAACAGAGUGAUUCGACAGCGACCGCGGCGACAACGAGUGCAACGACGGCACCAGCUUCGUCGACAGCGACAACGACUUCGGCUACGAUGACGUUCGGCAUUGCGACAGCCUCCACGACUGGUGGGAGUUCCGCGACCACAUCCACGGCCGCCGCCACCACCACGAGUCUCACUAGUGCGGCGCCGGCACCGACGGAACCCCCAAAACCGAAAACCGUCAAAGAUGAGGCACUGCCGAUGGAAAUCCAACAGCUAGUCGAAGCCCUAGAGAGACAUCUACUCCAACAGAAAUCCCUGCGAGACGAGCUCGACAAGACCACGCUGAUACCCGUGGAAAAGUCCCAGGCAGAGAUCGACGCCCUACGGCUCGUUGCGGGCCGAAUUGAAACCACGCUGCAGCGCAAUCACGGCUCGUUGAGAAAACUCAAGAAUGACUGCUUAGAAGAAAGGAGCAAUUGUGAACUGGCCAUCAAAACGAACCAAUUGCGAGUGUCCGGAGGAACGGGUGUCUUUGAGGAUGGGAAGCAGAAUGAGUAUUUCCAAAAAAUGGUGAUGGAGUUCCAUCAGAGGGUGCGCCUCUACCGUCAACAAAUUUUAGAGCUUCAAGGCCAUUUCGGCAACAACGCCCAAAGCUUGAACAACAACGGCACAAUUCACACCACAAACGAUGUCAACAUGAUACUUAAGAAGUCAUACGAGACGUUCGUUACGCUAGCCUCGCAGAUUUACAACCUCCACGAACAGACUCUGCGUGCUGAUGAAGACUUCCAGAAGCGACGACGCCAUACCGCGAUAACUUCGAUCGCUCUCGAAAUCCCGAAAGCUCGCGGAGAAUCGCCCGCAAAAAGAACUCAGUACGAAAGCAAAUCGAUUUCUCCGAACAGAAUGUUCUCGCGGAACAAUCAAAUGGCGAACGCUCUGCACAACAUCAGUUUGAGAGCCGGUCUUGAUUCAUCCUUCGAUCCCGUUCAUGGGGCGAUGCAGUCUUCGGCGACCUCGCCGCCGGUCGCGUCCAUCUUCACCCCUCAACAUCCGACGGGUGCCAUGGGAAUGUUCGGAGGCGGUGCAACGAUGAAUCAAAGCGUUCUCGGAGCAGGACCCACAAACCUCUUCGGCGCGAAUGCGAGCUUCAACGCGACUCAAUACGGAAGUCCAAUUCAACUCCAGAGUCCGCCCGUGGGCAACAAACGUGGCAAACGUUGAUAGACAUCAAAAUAGCUUCGAGACUCCGUUCCCGAGAGAUGGUGACGAGGACCUUAUUUUGGCAGCUCGUGUGAGCCAAAAUGCUGCCACUGUUCUCCGGAGCGUUUCUCCGAUUCUCCCUCUUAGAUCAUAAGAAAAGAAGCAUUUGUUCCUUAUAAUUUUUUGAAAUUCCUAUAUCUGGAUUGUUUUUCUACUACCAGAAGGCCGUCAUGUGACCCUCAUGGGUCGUUUCGGACGACGAAUCGAUGGGCGCGCUGAAGUCUUUGAAUGUAUAGAGAUGGAAGAAUAGAAACGAACGCCCAAGUUUGUAAAA